AUGGACGCGGGCGCGCUCGGGGUGGACCCGAGUGCGUCGGGGACGUCGAUGGGCGUCGUCGGGGGCGGCGCGGCGGCGUCGCGGACGUCCGAGGAUGAAAUGCGGAGGGAUGCGGUGGGACGAAAUGAUGAAAGCGUCGAGCGAUCGCCCGUGGGCCGGACGACGACGACGAUGGACGCGACGGCGGACGGGAGGGUGGGGGCGUUUGGACACGAACGAACGACGUCGUCGAUCGCGCACGCGCUCGAAGCGUUGGACGCGGACGCGGCGGUGGAGAUGACGGUGGAGGCGUUCAUGCGGGUGAAUUUCCGCGACGGAGAGACGAUGGAUAGCGAUAGCAACGCGGGAGCGUUAACGGCGGAGCUGGAGGAGGAUGUGGGUGGGGUGGGUGAUUCUUUGUACGCGGCGGACACGGAUUUGGAGGAAGAGGAGGAAGUGGAUCCGAGAGUGGGCGAUGCGCUGAAUGAAUUGAACGAGUCGAUGACAGAGUGUAACGCGAUGGAGAACGAGCUACAGAGAGCGAGAUGGGAGCGAACGCGGGCGCGGGAGACGGCGAAGGAGAGGUUAGAUGCGGUGUCGAAAAAGUUGUCGAGUUCGGUGCGAACGGCGGUUCCGGUGUUUCACAAGCGCGCGUUGGCGCAGUUGUAUCAGGUGCGAAGCAUCGAGGCGUUGCGCGCGUACGAGGCGGCGCACGACGCCCACGAGCGCGCAAAACGGAGGAACGAUGAGCUCGAGGUCGAACUCAUGGCGAGUAGUGGGAAAUUUAACGUCGAGCUCAUGGAGGCGUGCGCGGAGGCGAUGCGAGAGGUGGCGGAUACCGCCGCGGUGAAGACGCGCGCGACGGAGGUGCACGAGCGCAACACGCGAAGAGCCGUCGAGGCCACCGCCGAGGCCGCCGGACUCGAGCGCGACCGCCACACCGCGGUGAAGCGAGCGUUACCCUUCUUCAACGCCAAGGCCACCGGGGAGCGCGAGUGCGCCGACGCGGACGAUCGCGUGAGCGAACUCAAGCUCGCCGUGCGCCAAGCCAAGGCGCGUUACGACGCCGCUCUGCGCGCGCUCAACGAGAUCUCCGAGGAAGUUCACGCCAGACGAGAGGCGCGAAAAGCCGCUCGUCACGGCGAAUCCAUCGACUACUCCGCCGAGCCGAAAGCGCCGUAG